UUGUUUGUUAAGCCUCCUGCAACGCCGUGGGGCAGUAUUCUGACAUCACGCGCUGUUUGGGCCUGCUGGUUUGGACAUUUCGCAGGCGACUGGGGUGCAUAUACAAUGUUGGUGUCGCUCCCAUCCUUCCUUAAAGAUGUUCUUGGACUGGAUUUGUCAUCGCUCGGUAUGGUGUCGGCAGUUCCUUAUAUUGCAUAUUUUGUUGUAAUCAAUAUUGGUGGAUUCCUUGCCGAUUUCAUUCGUAGCAAAAAUAUCCUCGGAACUCUCAACACGCGACGAGCAGCGAUGUUACUGGCCUUGCUUGGACAAGGAAUGUUCCUAGUAUUGUCAGGUUAUUGUGGAUGCGGUCAAGAGGCGCUAGUUAUAAUUUAUCUCACGGCUGGAAUGGCAAUUUCUGGUCUACAGUAUUCGGGUUUCGUAGUGAACUAUCUGGACAUUGCCCCUUCGUUCUCUGGUACCAUAAUGGGAAUGGGUAAUACGAUAUCCUGCCUCGCUGGUAUUGUUUCGCCCAUUGUCACGUCAGCGUUGACUCCCAAUGGGACCCAAGAAGAAUGGCAAGGCGUUCUCUGGCUCACAGCCGGUAUUCUUGCGAUUGGUUCGAUCGUGUUCAGCCUUUUCGCCAGCGGAGAGGUUCAGGAAUGGGCUAAGCUCAAGGGAGGAGAGGCUCCUGAAGAACUCCCAUUGAAAGAAGCGGAGGCAAAUCUUGAAAAGGACACUCACUAA